UUUUUAUUAUUACCUACAGGAACCUUCACUUGACUACGCGAAGAAAUCUUUACGUCCGAAAUUCACAAUUUUUUCAUGGAAUUACUAUGAUUUUAACAUAUAAACGUACUAUUUAAAUGCAGCAUCGGUGUCGCCUCUACUUGUUCAUUGCAGAAUAUAACCAUUGACCAUCCCCAAAGCCCAACAACAGCUUUCUGUCGCAAACUCUUUGAAACUAAGUUCCGAGAUGCCACCCUAUCCCGAAGACCAUCUUCCUGGCGGUGACAAGCGCUCCCCCCUGGCUCUCCCCCUAAAGGUGGGGGAUGCAGACCCCACCAAGACCCACCGAAUAUGGAACAAAGUGAGGAAUAAUCUCCACAGGACUCAAGGGCCGCACAGACCAGCGUUCUUGGCAGAGAUGCAAAACGCAACUGCGAUCUUGCCCAACUACUGGCAGCUCUACCCCUCGGACUUUGCCAAGUAUUUGAAGCAGGAGCUCUGUGAUCUUCACAUGAGCAAGUUCUUGGAGGAUAAGAAGGUCCUGAACUGGUGUCCAGGGUUCACCAAGCUCUACUCGCUCAAUGCCACAGGUGAUGGAAACUGUCUCCUGCAUGCCAUAUCCCUUGCCCUGUGGGGCGUUGAGGACACUGACCUCUGGCUGCGGAAGGUGCUCCACAGUGUGAUGAAAGGAGAGUAUGCAGAGGCGAACGAGCGGCGAUGGAGGCGGGAGAGGAACCAAUUUGAUACCACGCACAUUCCUGGUCAAGGUUUUCGAUACAAUACUAAGGAAUGGUCAGCUGAGUGGCAGAUUGUGGUGGAUAUCUCCAGUCCUGAACGCCGGCUUGAUCAGACGAUGGGCCUACCCUACGAGUGUCUUGAGGAAUUCCACAUCUUUGUCAUGGCCAACAUCCUGCGACGUCCGAUCAUCGUCCUGGCCGAGAACAUGUGGCGCGAUGCAGCUGGCAAAUCUCUCCAACCCUUGAACUUCAGUGGUAUCUACUUGCCUCUUGGAUGGGAUUCCAAAGACUGCUUUCACCAUCCGAUCUUGCUGGGAUACCAUCACCAGCAUUUCUCCCCCUUGCUCUGCACCGGUCCUCCCACCGAUAAAGAGGUGAAAGACGUGUACUGUGUGCCUCUGGUUGACCAUGAAUUUGAAAGCUUUCCAAUCCAUUUCUUGGAAGAGGGGGAAGAAGGAAGGGUAAACCAGCUUCUCGAGCGGUACCUGACCUGCGAGACUUUCCGGUUUAGAGACAGACCCGUCUUGUGUGCCAGACUGGCCACAGAUCACCCAAAGGAGGAAUUGGAUGUCUUUCAGUCCUACCUGAAUCUUGCUGAGAUGAGGUACAGGAUGUAUACAGAGGAGCAGCACAAUCCUGAGAAUGCUGAAGCUCUGAAAGCAGCUGGGGUGAUGUCGGCAACGAGCACGCAGCAGUUGAACGAGAAAAUGGCCGUAGUUAGUGACCCAAAGCAACCAGGACAACCCCGACGUGUUUCCACAGAGGAUCCAUCUGCUGUUCAGACCGGAGGAUCACUUUCUGGGAAUGAUGUCUUUAAGGUGCCCACUGAAGAUAGUGUCUGUAUAUCAAGUACCGCGCUACAGUCCAGUGGUGUUAAGGUACCGUCAAUGAAUUUAGAGCAUAUGGGCUAUUUUGGAAGCACAUCCCUUGCCUGUAAGACCCCAGGGUGUCACUACGUGACAGCUUUGGAGAGUGACGAGUACUGUGAGAGGUGUUACAAGGCUAGGUCUUCUGCAGGCAAAGAGGCCUUCAAGAGAUGCAGAGUGGACUCCUGUCUCAAUGGUGGAGAUCGAAGAUAUGAUGGAUUUUGCCAGGUAUGCUAUGACCAGAGCACAUUCAUGAAUGACGACAUUCUUGUUGCUGCCCGCCCAACAAACCUACAAGACCUGAGCACAAGUCCCAAAUUCUCUGGACUGAGUGCAAGAGGUCCAGUUCACUUUGAUUCACCUACCGUACAGGAUGGCAAUGGAAUGGAAGUGGAGGAAUACAAGACUAGUGGUAGUACAUUGGACACCAAUGUUGUCAAUGAAUUCAGAGUGGGAAGCAAGCAGUGUAUCAGUCCAGGCUGUGACUUCACAGGCAAUCCUAACUAUGGUGGGUUGUGCAGCAAGUGCUCUCAAGAACAGACAGGAGCUGGAAAACAGAGCACUGGAGGAGCAGAACCUUUGGGAUUCCUUGACGCUUCACCCCCUCGAGAGAUCGCAGUGACUGUAGGAAAAAAGAAAUGUUUGAUGCCAGAAUGUGCACUGACUGGUCAUCCAGAGAAAUUAGACUUGUGCAGUGGUUGCUUCAACAAACAGGCAGAAAUUGGUAAGGCAGCUGGUUUAUCUUUGAAGACCAUGGGCGAGAAGCCCUCACCGAUUCCAGAUACAGACAUUCCAGAAUUAUCAAGGAGAUUCAGCACAGAGAGGCAAAAGCAGCUGUGGGAGAAUGCGUCUCAGCCAUGCCGUACUGCUAACUGUGAAAUGUAUGCUCUCCCCAGCCAAAACGGAUAUUGUUCCGCAUGCUACAAGAAAUCCAUAGCAGGCAGGUCUAGUCCUCAUGAUUUCAGCAGGGGGUCAAGUUCACCACAACUGAAACAUGCAAAAGGUCAAGAAGUGAGCACCUUCAGACCAAUACUGCAGUUCACGGUGCAGAAGAACAUGUGUGCCAUUCCUGGCUGCAACGGUGUUCGUCUCCAGCUAGGCAAUGGUGACCUCUGUCGUGCUCACUACCAAGAGAGUUCCAGGAGAUACAGUCCGACAACCAGCACAAAUCCACCACCGGGAGCCGUCACCAGAGCUGGCAUGCCAUCUGUAGGUGGGAGAGCCCAGCCCUCAGCUCCACCGCAGAGCAUCUACGCCUCUAGGCCUGGACACCGCUCUCCUGGGAUUACCAACCUCAGGGAGGUGCAGCAAGCCAGUGAACCAAGCCAUGUGGCAAGGGCAUCAAGCACGCAGUUCUGCGCACAUCCAGGAUGUGACAAUCCUGCAGUUCCUCCAUCUUUUGUUGCCUGUAGAAGGUGCCUGGACUUUGUUGAUAAGGUCAAUCAAGUGGAGGCUGCUAUUAAGUCUGUCCGUGGAGAGGGUGCCACUGCUGAGGCCACUGCUGUCCGUCGAGCUCCAGAGGAUGAUGAAAUGUCUCCAAUCGCCCUCGAAACUGAGAUAGAUCCAAAUGAUCCACCCACUGAAACAGUCAGGAAUCUGGACAUCCAUGAAACACUCUCUUCUGGGAUCAAGGGUCAGUUCCAGUAUGACCAUGUCAAAAGGGUCAAAUGUCAGGCCAAACGAGGAUGCCCGUUCAACAGUUACGGGAACCCAGAGUACGGCAAUCGCUGCGCCACGUGCUUUGAUUGGGAGGUUGUCGUUCCUUUGCACAAGACAUCCAAUAGCAGCUCUGCUCCAUUGAAGAAGGCCUCUCGUAGUCAAACUCUCCCGCCACCCCGGUCCCAGUCCGCUGUCAUCUCCAGCACCGGCACCGCCUCCAGAGUGGCUUCACAUCCACCGAACUACCAGAAGUGUAGCCGCAGAGACUGCCUCCAACAGGCGAACGUGCAGAUCAUGGACGGCUACUGCAACAAGUGCUACCCGGCCUACAAGUCCAGAGAGGACAAGAAGAAGAGUCGGUCAUCCUCUGGGUUGCGGGAUCGGUCCGCACCGCCCUCGGGCACAUCAUCCAAGAGAGAGAAGCCGGUCAUGAGAGAUGAUGAUCUCAUCCCUAUAUCGGCACGUAGAUGCCGUAUGGAGACCUGCCAAAACUAUGGUAACUCACAUAGUCGUGGAUAUUGUAACGGUUGCUUUCAAAAGCUUAUGAAUCCUUAGUAUAUUUAAGCUGUACUUGUGGACCAUAUCUAUAAUUUUGUUGUUUUUGCCAUAUAAAUAAUGACAAUCUUACAUGAAAGUGAUUUGGGGAAAGCUGAAGAAUUUUUUUUUGAAGUCUUAUGAAAUUAAAAUGAUCUAUUUCACUUACUGAUACUGCUAUUGUAAUUGAAUCCACAGAAAUCUACAUUUCAAGCAAGUGAGGGGGAUCUCUAAACAGAAGAAGAGUGAUUAACUGUUGUAAAUGUCCCACCUCAAAUGAAAUUUAAUUAAAAAAUAAUUUAUUACAAACAAGCCUUACAGUAUGUACUAAUUUGUACAAAUUUGUACAAAUCUAUAUUAUUUUGCAAAAUAUUGAUAAUCAUUACUCUAAUUUUUCAUAAAAUAUUGCAUUUCAUAUUAGUUUAGUUUCUAUCUUCCUUCAGAACUAAGACUUCCUGAGAUUGAGAGCAAUUGGAACAAGCUCCACAUUUGGGGAAUAAUCAAUAAUUUGAGAUAAAUUCCUUCUUAUAGUGGGCAUAAAUUAUGGAGCAGCUAUUGGAAAUUGUAUAAUGUAGGUGGUGGAUUGAUGGCUAAGUGGUAGAGUAGUUGUCUCAACACUGGUUAGAGACAGAGUCGAUACAGUGGAUGUGCUAGUGCUCCUUGGUAUGAAAGGCAUUAAUUUCUGAAUAAAACUUUGAGAUAGGUCUUAAAACCAUACAAAUCCACAAACAUGCACCUUCUUUCUUUAAUAGCAGUGAGGUAAAAUAAAUAAACUGUAUCUUAUAUCAUUUGCCAUAAUAUUAAUUAUAUGAACCUAAUGAAUUUACAUGAAUCUUUAAAGGAAGUGUGAAUACAAAAUUUGUUUAGGUUGAUUUGCAGUGUUAACCAUUUCCAGCCACUUCAUUAUUAACCAAAUGUAAAUGAAAAUUACAUUCUGGUUGUCCAUUUCAAUUUGUGUGCACAUAUCUACAAACAUGCAUUACUUCUCAGAUUCAUUUUAUUACAACUUUUUGUGAAACUUUAGUAGCAUCAGGUUCCUCUGGCAAAUUAGGUAAUGGUUAUGUGCAUUGGGUCCUAUACGUGAAGUAUCUUUGAAAUGCUUGCAAUGUUGGUGCAAGUCUUAGGGUUAAACUUUGUCUUUUUUCUACUUUUUUCUAAUUUUAUGAUAAACCUCAGUUCAGGAAGAGAUCAUAAAAUUAAAACAUGACCAGAAACGUUUUUUCUUCAAAAAUACAUUUGCUUUAUAGUCUGUUUAAAGAAGUAAUUUAAUUUCCAUCAAAUACCACCAGAAACUGCGGCUAAUUCUCUGUGAUACAUCUCCUACCUUACAUAUUUUUCUUGAAUUUAAUUUAUGUCCUAACAAAUUUCAAAAUACGACAAGUGAAUUGCAAUUGGGCUGCACAUACUAGUCUCGUCAGUUAGAUAAAACUAAUUUUGGUCCUAAUUUCCAAAGAUUUCAUUUCUUCAGCUGUGGUCGUGAUUUUAAAGCCAUUAUUGACUGUUGUUGUCAUAGACCCUCUGGAUUCAAAUUAGAAAAGAACUUUUACAAAAUCCAUUACAGAGACUAACACUGUGUCGCGUUUACCUUCAAUAGAACGAAAAACACAUGUACAUAUAUAGCAGUCAAUUCUUUUUUCAGUAUCCAGCUCACCAUUUGCCGUAAAUUUUGGCUAGAUAAAGGUAAAAAAAGUAGAACAACACAUUUUUCAUGCUUUCACCAUCAAAGACUUUUUCCUGUGCCACAUUUUUUAAAACAUGUAUUAUUUUUUCAAUUUUGUCAAGCUAUACGUAGCUAUAGAAGCAAGCUUCAUAUUUAUAUGUAUAUCAGAAAGAUGAUAUCAAAUUGAAUGUCAGAUAUUGGGAAAUUAGUAUGUAUUAUUAUGACUAGACAAGAGGUAAAUGAAUGGAUCAAUACAAAUACAAAUUCAAAUAUCAAUACAAAUACAUGUAGUCUUAACUGGAACCGAGUGGUUUCAUGUAUUAAACCUAUAGGAAUAAAAAAAUUCAGUAGUCAAAUCAAUAGAUUUCUGACACUUGUUAAAAUAUUAUCGUACCCGGUAUGUUAUUGUGAUAUGUACACAUGCAUAAUUUGUAUGUUUACAUUCAUUGCUUAUAUUUCUAUUUCUAGCUUCCUCCAAAGUUUGAGCUAAAUAAAUCCUCAUGUAUAUUAAACAGAAGAAAUAUGUAAAUGUUGAAGUCUGUAUUUUUGAGGGUGAUGCUAUAUGCUGUAGGAAUAAUCUUCAUUUUGGUGUAAAAAGCUUGAUACAGCACACAUAUGUAUUUCAUGCAUCACUUGUUAAAUAUCAACAAACAUCAUGUAUAUAGUGAUAUAAGUUUACAGUUGUGAAGUUUGAAAUUGUACAUGUAAAACUAGGGUGUUCAUUGAUUUUAUCAUGAAUUCUGAAAGAUUUUUCUUCACUUUGUUGUACAUGUUUUGUUGUCAUCAGUGCUGUCGAUGUAAAAGAAGAAUGUGAGAUUUUUCUCUUUAUUUGAUAGUAUAAUAUUAUACAUAAUUUAGUAGAGAACAUGAAAUUUGUCAGAUACAUACAUGUAUCAAUCAUAUUAGGGAGAAAGAUUUAUUCCUUGUAAUUACAUGGUCUGUAUCGUAAUUUAAAUACGUUAAAAAUGUUGAAUGAUUUCCAUUUAAAUGUAUAUUUAUAUAUAUAGAUGUACAUAUUGUAAUCAAAUUUCAUCACAAAUACUGAAUAAAAGGAAGAUGAAUGCUUAUUAUUUCUGUAUUCAUUUCAUAUUAGUAUAGGUAUUAGAUAGUGGCAAUGUAGUGAUAUAAGCUAGCAGCUUGGAAAGCCUACAGAACCAAGAUCAACACUUUUUUUUUCCCUUAAAAAAAAAAGUCAUUAGUACCCGUAGCUAGGAAAGGGAAUGUUAUGCAGUGGCUAGAUUAGGGGUCUCAUAAUAUUAGUCAAAUUUCAUAAAAACAUUCUAAGAGUUAGUUUAAUAGGCCAGGAUCCGUAUUAGAAAGAGUUGUGAUUGAUCCAAAUCAGCUGCAAGCUCCUCUAAUCAAUUGCAAGUUUGUAGUCUCCUAUCUCUUACAUGUAUGUACAUAGUUGCAAUUGAUAUCAAUCGCAAAUCAUAUUGACUCUAUAUAAGACGGGGGCCCUGGUUUGGUUUCAAGUUUAAAACCAAGAUUAUAUAGGUGUAGGUUAGUUUGUAUUUUGGUUUAUGAUUUUAUGGACUCCUUAAUAUUGCGUACAAUAUUUGCUUCAAAAUCAGUCAAGAUAUCAUAUUGUAGCAUUAAGCUGACAUAUAGGUCUUAUAAUUAUAUUCGGUGAGAUACAGUAUUGCUAAACUUAUGUUAAAGAUGUUAAUGUAUCUUACCAUAAUUUGUAAAUGAAUAUCAUUUUUGAAAUAGAUAUAUGUAGAUGUAACAUACCAAGGUUGUUCAAAUUCUUGACUUGGUGUUUGCCCUCUAUACUUUUUUCAAAAAGUGUGUAUGCAGUACUAAAUGUACAUGUCUUAGCUUUGUGAAAUAAAUCAAUCAGACUUUAAAUAAACAAA